AUGGGAAAUACUACCUGGGACCAUGACAAGGACAAGAGACUUCUUGUCACCAUUUUGAACAUCAGCGGGGCGGUCCUCGACUAUGAGGCCAUUGCCACCAAGAUGGGCGACUGCUCCGCCGAGGCAGUCCGCCAGCACCUUCGUGCCCUGAACAGAAAGAACGGCGACGAGGCCAAGGACGCCCCGGUUACCCCCACCGGCACCAAGGCCGGCACCAAGGCUACCCCCAAGUCGAGUGGGCGUGGCCACAAGAAGAAGGCUGAGGAGGAGACCCCCACCAAGGCCGCCGACGACAAGACCCCGGUCAAGCGUAAGCGUGGCCGCCCCUCCAAGGCGGAGAAGGCCAAGGAGGCUGAGGAGGCUCCCGAGAAGGAGAAUGAGGCCGAGCCGCAGAAGGAGUCCACCGAGGAGAAAGAGGAGGAUGAUACCUCCGAGGGUCCCAAGAAGAUCGCCAAGCUUGAGAAGACCCCUGCCCCCGCUGCUCCUGCCGAGGAGGCCUAA